AUGUUCGACAUUGUUGAUGAAGUUGGUGUUGAUGAUGUUGAUGUUGGUGUCAGUUUGAAUGGUGUUAAUGGAUAUGGAAAAGGAAAUGAAGGCUGUUAUCCAGCUUGCUUGAAUGGAGGAACAUGUAUUGGAGGGGAAUGCCUCUGCCAGUAUGGCUAUGAUGGGGAGAUCUGCGAGAUAAGAGUUGGUCAAGAGGUCUGUUACCUUCCUUUCUGUCUCAACGGAGGGACGUGUGACAGGAGUGUCUGCUACUGCUUACCAGGAUUUACAGGACAACACUGUGAAAGCAGAAUUGCCACAGAGUACAACAUAACCAUCACCACAGACUUUGAUCGGAGGCCGCUGAUUGGCGAUGAGCUCAUGAUUAUGUGUCAAGUCCUGUCAGAUAGAUUGUCUUAUCCUCAGCCGGCUUGGAUUGGACCUGAUGGAAACAUAGUUCCUUCACUUGCAGCAGGUGCCUCAAGCCACGUCUUCACGGAGUUUGUCGGACCAGGUUCCACAGCCCUUCAUAUCAGAGGAAUCCAGGCGUCGGAUGAAGGCCUGUAUACAUGCGAGGUUGACAUGAGUACACAGACUAUCACCAUCACUAUAGAAUAUAAUGAAUGUGUACCUUCCUGUCUUAAUGGAGGCACUUGUGUGGAGGGUGUGUGUAUCUGUACUGAGCAGUACCUUGGAAUUAUCUGCCAGGAAGAAGUCCCUCAGCCCUGCAACCUCCCCUGUCAGAAUAAUGGACAUUGCUAUGGUGGGCGUUGCCAUUGUGCGACUUACUUCACUGGAGAAUACUGCCAAACAAGAGUUGGGAAUAACUUUGAGAUUACCAUCAAUACGGUGACCUUUGAACCUCCGAGUGUUGGUGACAAUGUGAGGCUCUCAUGUACUUACAUUGGUGAGGCAGGAAACCAGCAACCAACUUGGAUCAACCCUGGCGGAGAACUAAUCAGGCGACUUGACCAGGGUGGCAGCAGACACUUGAAUGUUGAGGAGGAAUCAGCGAUGACGACAACAUUGGUCAUAAACAACAUUAUAGAGACAGACUCCGGCAUCUACACAUGUACAGUUGGAGAAUAUGACAAUGAGUUUGACAUCACUAUAAGGGAAGCUGAGUGUGUCCCAAGAUGUGAGAAUAACGGUCUAUGCAGUAUGGGCAUGUGUAUGUGCACUGAAGGCUUUGGAGGAUUGGCUUGUGAAUUCCAGAUUACCGAAUGUGAUUUCCCUUGUGCAAAUGGAGGAACCUGUAGCAAUGGCCAGUGCAUCUGUCUACCAGAAUUUGAUGGCUCAUUCUGCCAAAACAGGAGGUAUGUUGAUGAGGGUAUCCAGAUCAGCAUCACUCCACAUGUCCCCAGGCUUCCUCCCGUUGGUACGGAUCUCCAGCUCAUCUGUGAGAUUGACAACCCUCAAGGUUUUCAGAGACCAGUCUGGCUCAAACCCAAUGGUGAACGUGUAAUACAGGGUGAUGCUUCCCACAUCAACUCCAGGGCGAUAUCACCGAGUGCAACACAACUCAACAUCCGAAUGGUGGAGAGGGGAGACUCUGGCAUCUAUACCUGUGUCAUUGGGUCAUACACCAACACACUCACUGUAAUCUUUUACAAAAUGCCCUGUAUACCAGAGUGUCAAAAUGGGGGGUCAUGUUCAGAUGGCAUUUGUCUGUGUGCUCCGGGAUACACUGGCUAUCAGUGUGAACACAGAGAGUGCAUGCCUGCCUGUAUUAACGGAGGAUCGUGUGUGAAUGGAGAUUGUGAGUGCAGCCCAGACUAUGAGGGUCAAUUCUGUGAGAAUGUCAGGAAACCCGUGACCAUCCGUUUCACACCGAGCAUCAGUGACAUGCCUGUAGUUGGUGAUGAUCUGACGGUGGUUUGUGAGAUUAUUGGUAUGACCGACCUGACUGAACCUCGCUGGAUCGGUCCUUUGGGAAACCCUCUUCCUGUAUUUGGAACAGCUCCUAACCAGCGCGUCGGAGUGCAGUACUCAUCCGGAACAGCAACCACGCUGGUACUGAACAAUCUCCAGUCCAGAGAUGCAGGCAUCUACACAUGUACUCUAGGACCUCUGACCAGCUACUUCACCAUCACCGUAGCUGCACAAGUGGAUUGUUCUGUGAUCUGUCACAAUGGAGGAAGCUGUGUGUCUAACCAAUGUAUCUGCCCAGAAAACUUCAAUGGACCACAUUGUGAACGAAGGGUCGGGCCAGAUUAUGUCAUCACGGUGUCCCCACCAAUAGACCAGCAGCCCAUCGUUGGAAAUGAUAUCAGCUAUGUAUGCCAGAUUGCUACCACCAGCAACUAUCCCCGCCCUGCGUGGACGUCCCCAGGAGGUGUAGCCGUCUUACCCAUUGGACAAGGUGGAACUGAUCAUUUGAAUGUCCAGUAUCUGUCUGAUCACGAGUCACGUCUGGUCAUUCAAGACCUCACACCGAAUGAUAAUGGAAUAUAUACCUGCUACAUUGGAACGCUCACCAACUCAGUUGUCAUCUCGGUUGAAAUCCCAGAUUGUCCUGGCCCAUGCCAGAAUGGUGGAACUUGCUCAGGAGGAACUUGUGUUUGUCCUAAUGGAUUCACAGGAGUAUUGUGUGAUAGACCAGCAUACACCAUUCAAAUCCGACCUGUCGGUCAGGCCAACACUAGAAUUGGCGGAAACAUCAGGAUGUCAUGUGAGAUAGAGGGCGCUAGACCGACGUAUCUUCAACCUCGGUGGACUGGACCUGACAACCAUCCAAUCAGCACAGAUGCCAAUUCGCGAGUGUUCAGCAUUGCGACCUCAACUUUGGCCAAUCAGCUUGUGAUCUCUAACCUACAGCCAGCAGACCAGGGCACUUUCACGUGUACUGUUGGACCAGUCAUUGCCACAUUCUCCAUUGUUGUUGAAGAACCCCGAUGUCCAUUACCUUGUCAGAAUGGAGGCUCUUGCGUCAGAGGAUCUUGCACCUGUCCAACUGGGUACAGUGGUAUAGCUUGUGAAACCAGGGAUCCUCAAGAUGUCCGAAUCAAGAUCACACCCAACCGUCAGGGUGUCUCUCAGAUCGGACAGGACCUUGAGAUCCUCUGCGAGAUCCUGGGCACCAGCAUCUACCAGAAUCCGAUGUGGAAGGGUCCCUCUGGACAGCUAGUCCCAGGAGCCACUGCGGAACGGAACAACCUCAGGGUCCAGGAAGUCUAUGAGACACCGUCUGCCACCAGGUUGUACAUCAACGGGCUUAGCUCUGCUGAUAAAGGACAGUAUAUCUGCAUGGUGGGACCGGUCAUGGCCAGGUUUACACUCAUGGUGACAGCUCCAAGAUGUAACCCACCCUGCAUAAAUGGAGGAUCCUGCAGCAACGGACGGUGUAUCUGUCCUCCUGGUUAUAUUGGAGAAUUCUGCCAAAAUCCAGGUGGUUUCUCUCUCAGCAUUCGUCAGGUCGGUAGCACCCCACUAAUACAGGGAGCCAAUCUGCGGUUCUCCUGCCAGUCUUCUGCCCCAGGUCUUCUUCAGAACCCUGUGUGGAGGGAUCCUAGAGGACAGAGGAUCACUCACCAACAAGGAGGGUCCGAUCGGGUGUAUGUUGAGAUGAUAUCACCAUCUGCAACAACGCUGGUUAUCAACGACAUCUCUGCAGCUGAUGCUGGUAGCUAUGCAUGCGUCCUUGGAACAGUUACAUCAACGCUUAAUAUUAAUAUCAAUGCUCGAGUGAUCCCAUGUAACCCUCCCUGUCAGAAUGGAGGAACGUGUAGUGAUGGAAGAUGUGUCUGCCACAGAGGAUUCUCAGGGCAGGCCUGUGAAAGAAUAGGUCAAGAAUGUAUCUUACCUUGUCAGAAUGGAGGGACCUGUAGGAAUGGUAUCUGUCAAUGUCCACCAGGGUUUUCUGGAAUUGACUGCAGAAAUGCUGACAUCAGGAUCAUCCCACCGCCAACCAACACCCUGGUCGUCGGUCAGAAUACAACCUUCGUCUGUGAGAUAUCAGACCAACUGGGUUACUUCAAUCCUACCUGGUUAGGACCUGGUGGUCGAGCUAUCAACGUUAUGGCUGACAAUGGACGGUAUGUCGUUGAGAGGGUGUCUGACUACGUAUCCCGUCUUCAUGUGGUAAGGGUUCAGCAGGUAGAUGAGGGGGUCUAUGUCUGCACCGUUGGUAUGCUCCGUGCAUCCUUCACCUUAACCAUUGAAGCUCCUGAAUGUCCCUUGCCAUGUUUGAAUGGGGGCACUUGUGUAGGAGGUGUUUGCCAGUGUCAUGCCGGCUUUACUGGAAGGCAGUGCCAGAAUAGAGGACCACCGUUCCAGGUACGGAUCCACCCUCCAGAUACCAGCCAGUUCUUAGUUGGUCAAGACAUCACCUUCCUGUGUGAGGCACCCCAAGGUAGCCCCUACGGUAGGCCGCAGUGGAGAGGACCUGAUGGCGUGCCUAUAAUGGCUAUCACUCAAGGAGCACCGAGACAUCUUAGCUCCCAGGAGGUUGGCUCUUACCUGACCCGUCUCGUGAUCAGAAGCCUUCGUCUGGACGAUGCAGGAACAUACACCUGUUAUGUUGGACCUCAUUCUUCAACCUUCACUAUCACAUUGGAGAGUACAGGUGGGCGACCCUGUGCUAGCCCUUGCCUGAAUGGAGGAACAUGUAUGGAUGGUAACUGUGUUUGUCCUCAGGAGUUUACAGGACCUGCUUGUGAAAGACAAGUGAUACCAUAUGCGAUCCGCAUCAUACCACCCACGGACACAUCACCCUCCGUUGGCCAAACGAUCAGUUUCCUGUGUGAGCUACGACAGGAUGGCCAGUACACCAGCCCAAUCUGGAGACUACCUAAUGGGCUUCCAGUCAGCCCGAGGGGAUUUAUUGGCAGCCAGCGUACGUACACCCAGAGCACCUCUCCCUACGCAACAACUCUUGUCAUAGAAGACAUCCAAGGCACUGAUUCGGGGACAUACUCCUGCACAGCUGGUCCUCUUACAACAUCCUUCACCAUCAGCAUCGCUGUUGAACCCACAUGCCCCAGACCCUGUCAGAAUGGAGGGACAUGUGUGAACGGAGCCUGUGUGUGCUUCCCUGACUAUACCGGAGAUCAGUGCCAACUGAGAACUGGAACUCCACCUGGUCGAUACCUCAUCACCAUCACCCCGUCCAUACGGCAGAUCCCUCGCAUAGGUUCAAACUUCAACUUGGCCUGUCAGGUAUCCAGUAACAGCCCUUAUCUGGAUCCGCAGUGGCGAGGAGCCAACGGACAGCUCAUUCCAUCAGCUUCAUUGGGUGCAGUUGGGCGCUUAUACACUGUCAAGACAAGUCAGAGAUCGUCAAUCCUGUAUUUCAAUGACCUGAUGAGCUCUGAUGCAGGAAGCUACUCUUGUAGUACAGGACCACUUACAGCAACAGCUAAUAUUACGAUUAGUGGCUCAGGAGGCACAGCUUUAGAGGAACGUUGCUUCCCUCCCUGCGUGAAUGGAGCAACCUGCUCUCAACGCAGAUGUGUGUGUUUGCCAGGUUAUAGUGGUCCAGCCUGUGAGAAUAUAGAAACCAUCCAUGUCUUGCCUGACAUACCAACACCUGACAGUGAGCCCAGGAUAGGUGAUCCUCUCAGACUCCUUUGUCAGGCUCCUAUUGGUAGUACGUAUGGAAACCCUAUCUGGUUGGAUUCAAACCGCCAGGCUGUACCAGGAAGAGUCUUGGGUAAUGAGAGAGUGUACGUGGACUACCCUACACCAGGAGCCACCCGACUGAACUUUGAAGCAUUGAGCCUCCAGGAUGCAGGAAGCUACACCUGUCAAACGGGGCCUCUCACGACCAUCUAUGAGAUUGAUAUUCAAGGUAAUGAAUGUGUGGAACCUUGUCUGAAUGGAGGAACUUGUACAUCUGGAAGAUGCCUCUGUCCCAAUGGCUACAGAGGGCCACAGUGCAGAAUCCAUGAUGCGAAUGCAUAUGUGAUCCGAGUCAUACCUGUGGACCAUACGAUUCCUGUAGUGGGGGAGCAGCUAAGAGUCGUUUGUGAGGUGUCUGCUGAUAGCCCGUAUGGUGCUCCUAAAUGGAUUGAUCCCCAGGGCGAUGAAGUCAUGAGUUUCGCUCCAGGUCCUUUGGGCAAUGUAUAUACAGAAACACCUACUUCGCUGUCAAGAGAACUGGUAUUCACCAGUCUGACGGAGUCUGAUGGAGGCAUGUAUUCGUGUGUCGCUGGUCCAUUGAUGUUCAACCAUACAGUCAUUGUACAUGGACCAAAUAUGAUUGACAUUGAAGAACCUGAGAGUCCAGUCUACAACAUUGGUACCAAUGUCUCCUUCGUCUGUCAGAUCGCUGAGAACAGUCAGUAUAGGAAUCCUACCUGGAUAAACCCAAGAGGGGACACUGUACAGCCAUUGGAUCAAGGAGGCAUUGCCCGUCUUCACACCAUCCAAACCUCAGCGUCUUCGUCAACGCUAAAUCUUGUGGGCGUGUCCCCUCUGGAUGCAGGGACGUACAAGUGCGUCGUUGGAGACUUCCAAUCGUCAGUCAACGUCAUUGUCAACAUUGAGGAAUGUGAACCCCCUUGUCUGAACGGAGGAGAAUGCAUCAAUCAAGAAUGCGUUUGUCAGUUCCCUUUCACUGGACCAAUGUGUGGACAGCUUGCAUCGAUGAGGAGGUGCCUGAGACCAUGUUUGAAUGGAGCGGAGUGUGUAGAUGGUGUAUGCAACUGCCAAUAUGGAUUCACUGGUCCACAGUGUAACCAGACAGAUGAAGGUAUUGUUCGGGUGAGGAUCCCGGAUCAGGAUAAUCCAAUCCUCGGUGCGGAUGUAAGCUACAUCUGUGAGGUACCUCAGGAUAAUCCCUAUGGAUCGCCAAUCUGGAUUAACCCAGAGGGACAGCAAAUCCAACCCAUGGCAUUGGGUGGUAAUGUUCACAUGAAGACUGAGCAGAUAUCCCAGUAUGCAACACGUCUCUUCAUCAUGGACAUUCAGUUUGAGGAUGAAGGGCAGUACAUCUGUGCUGUAGGACCUCUUAGAAGACUCUUCAACAUCAUGGUAGAUGAGGUCGCAUGUAUCCCACAGUGUCUCAAUGGAGGAACCUGCCUCAUGGGCAAGUGUUAUUGUCGAGAUGGCUUCACUGGACCAGCUUGUCUACAGAGAAUUCUCAUUUGUGACCCACCCUGCUUGAAUGGUGGGAUGUGCCUUGCUGGAGCCUGUAACUGCCCUGAUGGAUACGGAGGGGAAGCUUGUGAAAUGCCAGGUGUGGAUCUCACAAUCGAUGGCCCAGAGAAUGUCAUCAUCAUGGCGGGUGAUGAUCUCCGUCUUGUGUGUGAGGUCAAUGACGAUACCUACGGUAGUCCUAUGUGGUUGGAUUCGCAGGGAGACAAGGUGUCUGAAGGUACUCUUGAUGAAGCCAUUGGAACCUACCACCACACGCACCUAAAGACAGAACUGGUCAUGUUCAAUGCCCAGGCCUUUAACUCGGGAGAUUAUUCCUGCAUGGUUGGUCCUUUCACAGAAAGCAGAACAGUACUUGUUGCAGGAGAAGAACCUGACUGUAUCCCAGUGUGUAGGAAUGGUGGGGACUGUGUGAACGGGGUCUGUCAGUGUACAUCAGACUGGCUUGGUACCGAAUGUAAAGUACCUGCUAAUGGUUACAUUUCAAUAACCCCUGACCCUGAGCUUCAACCGACACCAGGAUCAGAGAUCAGAUACCUGUGUGCCGUCCAGGAAGGAGAUCAUUUUGUGCAGCGCCCUCAAUGGUUCCGCAAUGGACAACUCAUCCCUGCUCAGUUUGGUGAUGUGAGCAAUGUCUUCGUGAAUGUUUUGAACAACAUGAGUUCUGAGCUUGUGAUAAGAAACCUUGGAGAGACGGAUCUUGGUGUUUACUACUGCACUGGGGGACCUGAUGUGAAAUAUAUCAAUGUCAACUAUGCUGAGAUAGAAUGCAAUCCACCCUGUGAGAAUGGAGGAACCUGUAACGAUGGAGAAUGCCAAUGCCCUGAAGGUUUCAAUGGACCUACGUGCUCAAGACAAGCUGAAGACUUCAUUGUGAUCACUGAACCUCAAGGUCAAAUGUUAGAGGUCGGAGGCAAUGCAACCUUCCUUUGUGAGGUUCCAGAAAGCAGUUCUUAUGACCCGCCCCAGUGGCUUGAUUCAAGUGGUCAACCUGUUUCCCCAUAUGGACUAGGAACCAAUAAUAGAGUCUAUACGAAAGAGAUCUCCUCCUACGCUACCCAGCUCACUUUUGAGUUCGCUCAGGCCGAGGAUUCCAGCCAGUAUGCUUGCAGGGUGGGGCCAUUCACAUAUGGUUACAACAUCACCUUUGAAGAUCCUGAUUGCAACCCUGAAUGUCUCAAUGGAGAGUGUAUCGAUAGGAGAUGUGUGUGCCCUAUAGGGUUAAUGGGUAUGCAGUGUAAUAUUCCAGACAAUACUUUCAUCUUGGUGAGUGAGCCGCCCGGUCAGGUACCUGUCGUCGGUCAGGAUCAGUCUUAUCUCUGCGAGGUGUCCCGUGAGAAUCCCUAUGGUGUACCGGUCUGGAGAGACAGGGAGGGUAAUGUCAUCAAUCCGGCUGGACAAGGUGAAACAGCCCACAUGUACACUGAGAACCUGUCACCCUACGCAACUCGUCUGCUCAUCAGUGAUUUGCGUCUGAAUGAUGCUGGAAUGUAUGUCUGCAACGUAGGACCCGUAGACAAACGAUUCACAAUUCUUGUUGAUCCCUUAUCUUGUGAUCAACCUUGCCUGUAUGGAGGACGCUGCGUGGAGGGAGUUUGUGAAUGUUUACCAGGCUUCACAGGAGAGCAGUGCGAAACACCAAAUUUUGUGAUAUCGAUCGAUCAGACUCGACCAGCUUUGCCCCAGACAGGUGACAGUGUUAGCUUUGUAUGUGAAGUGGAUCACACGGCACCGUACCAGAAUCCAGUCUGGUACGACCCCCAGGGAAACAUCAUAGACCCAAGUGGUGAUUCUCAUUACACCAUUAUUGCUUUGGAUCGUAAGGCAACCCGUCUUGUCAUCAAUGAACUGCAGCCUUCAGACGCUGGGCCAUAUGUCUGCAACGUUGGGCCAGUCACUACUGAAUUCUCUGUUCAGGUUCAACCUGCACAUUGCAGCCAGCCCUGUAUCAAUGGAGGUUCUUGUGUGAGGGGUAUGUGUGAAUGUACAGAGGAGUUCCAUGGAAGCUUCUGUCAAGUUGGAGUUAAGAGACCUUUCUCCAUUGAGAUCCAAGGACCACCUAGAGAGAAACCAGAGAUUGGUGAUGAUUUAACAUUGAUUUGUAGAGUGUCUGAAGAAGGACAGGGUAUACCAACAUGGCUGGGACCUGAUAACCAGCCUAUCGCUGGAAUACAGACUGGUCAAAGAAUCUUCUCAGAUGUGGAGUCUAAUACCGAGACAGCCUUGACCAUUGUAUCAGCGGAGUCCGGGGAUGCUGGCCGUUACAGCUGUGUGGUUGGAAUGAACAGGGCUGACUAUUUGCUUUCUGUGUCAGGACCUGAGUGUAUUGUCCCUUGUUCUAAUGGAGGGACAUGCGUGGAGGGAAGAUGCAACUGUUUGGACGGUUUCGAUGGUGUUUUCUGCCAGAAUAUCGUUACAAAUGACUACCAGCUUCGAAUCCGCAUCCAGCGUAAUAACCAAUUCCUGGUGGGGAUCAACACCAAGAUCCUGUGUGAAAUUCGGGGCAACACCAACGAGGUCAAUCCACAGUGGAUUGGUCCUGAUGGAGAGGUCAUAAGGUCGGUCGGAAGAGGAGGAAGUAAGCACAUCAAUACUCGCAGCACCAGGAAGUCUAACCGUCUCAGCAUCAAUGAGCUGCUGGUAGAGGAUGCAGGAGAAUACACCUGCAGAGUGGGUCCCCUGGAAUCUUCUUUUGUCCUCAUCCCCAGGAGUGGAGAGUGUGAAGACAUCUGUACCAAUGGAGGCACGUGUGACAAUGGAGCCUGUCUGUGCCCUAUUGGAUUUGCAGGAAUGUCUUGUGAAAUACCAGUUGGACCAGAAGGAAUUAGAGUGAACAUCACCAUCACCUCCUCGUUGGAUCGCGAUCCGAAUAUUGGUGAAGAGAUCAUCUUCCUAUGUCAGGUCAGCCCCAACCCACUCUACACCAACCCAAGAUGGCAUGGACCAAAUGAUGAAAUGUUCCCAGUUGUCAACACCUUGGAUCCAUCAAGGCCUCCCAUCCAUGCUGUGCAGCUGACGCCCUUGAUGACCCAGCUAACUGUCAGUAGUGUAUCUGAAGAGAUGGUGGGAAUGUACGCUUGUACAGCUGGACCAUUGACGAGCCUCUAUCCUCUCAACAUACCACCAUCAACCUGCGAGCAGCCAUGUCAGAACAGAGGUGACUGCGUAAGAAGUCAGUGUGUGUGCAAGCAAGGUUUUGAAGGAGAGUUCUGUGAAAUAGAAGUUGAAGUGUUCUACAACAUCACAAUAACACCCGACCAGGAACUAACGCCCUCUGUUGGUGAUAGUGUCAGUUUCUUGUGCGAAAGCGAAGGUCCAGAUGCACCACUCCCUGUCUGGUAUGACCCCAGUGGUAACCGCAUUGCUCCCAGUAGAGCAGAAGAAGCGUUUACGGAAACGAUAGAGUCAUCAGAUGUGGACUUAGGUAAUCAAUUGGUACAGGUCAUUUCACGUACCCAAACUCGGCUGGUGCUCAGUGACUUGGUGGAGUCUGAUUCUGGUAUCUACACAUGUGCUGCGGAACCUAAGAGAGACACGGUUGUUGUCAACAUCUACAUUCCUCGCUGCCUUCCUGAGUGUGAGAAUGGAGGCAGUUGCGAGCAAGGAAUCUGUGAAUGUACAGAGUCUUUCACUGGACCUCGCUGCCAAUACUCAUAUGAGACAGAUUUCAGUGUGGAGUUCAACCCCAUCCAAGACAUUCCACCGACUGCAGGUCAGAGCUACAGCGUUGCAUGUGAGUUGAACGGACCUGUGGAGAUUGGAAGACCGAUGUGGAUAGGACCUCUGGGUCAGGAAAUAGCUCCAGUUGGACAUGGUGGUGCAGACCAUGUACAUGUGGAGUUCCAAGGAAUGAACGUCACCACUCUCCACUUGGACAGCAUCUCAAGUGAACAAGCUGGCCUUUACAUCUGUACCAUUGGACCUGUUGCUGGAGUGUACAACCUCACCUUAGUACCUGGCUGUCACAGCAUGCAGGCCUGCUACAAUGGAGGAACCUGCCUUGAGCACAGGUGCUUCUGUAAACCUGAUUUCACUGGAGAACUUUGCCAAUUUACCGUGAGCAUUGAUGCCAACCUUCGAAUCGAGCUUGAUCCAGAUAAUGACUACACUGAGGGUGGGAAUGUGAGCUUCUUAUGUAUCACCAACGGACCGGAUGCUCCUCUCAAUCCAAGAUGGCGGAAAGGAGACUACCAAUAUAUUCAGUCGCCGGUGUUUGGAGAAGGAAACCACAUCUUCACUUCCCGGAAGUCAGCCUUCAUCACCCAACUGAAGAUCAUGAAUGUCAGUGUACAGGACAGCGCUAGGUACACCUGUAAUGCUGGGCCACUCCAACAGUCUAUCUCACUCACCAUCUAUAACAACACCUAUCCAUGUAUCCCACGUUGCGUCAAUGGAGGGCGCUGUAUAGAAGGUAUCUGUCUUUGUCUGGAAGGAUACACCGGUGAAGCUUGUGACGAGCUGGUUCCUGAAUGUCAACCAAUGUGUGAAAAUGGUGGUGAAUGUAUCGAAGGUGAAUGUAGAUGUCCAAGAGGGUUCAACGGAUCAGCUUGCCAGUAUCAAGUUGUGGAGCCCAUCUCCAUCGCGAUUCACCCAGAGGAAGGUCAAGUCUUCUAUACCGGAGAGAACAUUGCCUUCCUUUGCCUCACCCAAGGAACGUUUGCCCCAGAGAACCCCCAGUGGAAGGAUCCCAGGGGUAGGGCGGUUGGCAUCAGACAGACCAGUGUGGAUCGUAUAUUCACAUUCGCUGUCAACUCCACUGCUACCAGACUUUACAUCAGACCUCUAGCAGAGGGAGAUGCUGGAUACUUCACCUGCGCUACUGGCCCUCUGAACAGCACUGUGUUUAUCAGUAUUGAAGAACGACCUUGUCCUCUGAACUGUGCUAAUGGAGGAACCUGUAUGGAUGGCGUCUGCUCCUGUCCUGAAGGCUACCAAGGAUCAUUUUGCCAGAUUGGAAUUGGUUUCCAGUCUUCUAUUGUCAUCAUCCCAAGCAUUGAGAAGAGUCCUAUGGUUGGUGAGGACAUUGAGUUCUUGUGCAGGACCAGUGGAGCCAAUGCCCCAAGGUAUCCAUUCUGGAGGAACCCCACUGGCAAGGUCAUCUCAUCAAACCCUUCAAUUCGGGACCACCGAGUUUACACCCAGCGUCUGUCAGACUACGAGACCAAGUUGAUCAUCCAUAACUUCACCAACAAUGACAUGGGUAUCUACCGUUGCAAUGGAGGCCCUCUGACAACCACCUUCACUAUUGUCUUGGCAGAGCGAUCAUGCGAUCCACCCUGUUCCAAUGGAGGAACAUGUAACAAUGGAGUCUGUGACUGUGCUGAUGGAUUCAUUGGUGGACACUGUGAACUUAGAGGAUGUUUCCCAGUAUGUAUAAAUGGAGGUAUCUGUCGGGAGGGGUUGUGUCGUUGCCAAGCAGGUUACGUUGGAGACCACUGCCAAGUCCUACUACCAGUCAGCAUCAACAUUGUCCCAAGCCAGGAUUCGGAUCCACGCCUAGGGGGAACCAUCAGCUACCUUUGUUCGGUCAACGAUACCAACUUGGUAGAACCACCUGUCUGGAGGAACCUUCAGGGAGAGGACAUCGCAUAUGACCUGGGUCGUAUCCGUGUAGAGAGUCCUUCCCUUGGUGAGACGCGCCUCAUAAUAAGCAACCUACAGGAAACGGACACGGGCACCUACACUUGCAUAGCCGGCCCUAUAGAGGGCAGUGUCUAUGUUGCUGUCCAACCUCUCUCUGAAUGUCUUCCGGAGUGCAUCAAUGGUGGCCAGUGUGCUGGAGGAGUCUGUAUCUGUCAGCAGGGGUAUGAUGGGGCAUUCUGUGAAAUAGAAGAUACGUGCCAGCCUGGCUGCCUGAACGGAGGGACCUGUGACAGGGGGCUCUGCAUAUGCCCUGCCGGUAUCGGCGGUGUGUUCUGUCAGCUGAGACUGGAACGUCAGUGUCGUGUACCAUGCCAGAACAAUGCUCGUUGUAUGAAUGGAAUCUGCUUGUGUCAGCCAGGUUUUGAGGGAUUAGCCUGCCAGUUUAGAAAGCGUGAUUGCCCAGAGCUUUGUCAGCAUGGAGGAACUUGCAUCAAUGGAACAUGUUACUGCUUGGCUGGAUACCUUGGUGAAUUCUGCGAGAUCAGACCUGUUGAAUGUAUCCCUAGCUGUAUCAAUGGAGGAUUCUGCAACAGCGGUGUGUGCAUCUGCCCAGAUGGCUACACAGGACCAUCUUGUGAAGUUUCAGUUGGAUCCCAGCCCCAGAUCGUGGUUACCCCAUUCCAAGCCCAGGUCCUGGCCCUAGGAGAGGACACCACCAUAAUGUGUAAUGUAAGGAGCAGAGAUGUGGAUGAAUCGCCUUCAUGGUACACUCCCAAUGGGACUCUCAUUAAUACUCUGGCAAAUGGUGGUACAGGUCACAAGCAUGUCAGUGUGAUCGAUGAUCAGAACAUCGAGCUGGUCAUCAAUGACUUUCAAAUACAUGAUGUUGGAAACUAUUCUUGCACGGCUGGACCACUCUCCAGAACUAUCACCUUGAUGAUACUACCUAUAACCUGUUCACACCCCUGCCUGAAUGGUGGUCACUGCCAGAAUGGAGUGUGUGUCUGUGCUGAAGAUUACUAUGGUGAAUUCUGUGAAUUAUCAAAUUUCACCGAUACAUACAUACCUUGUGAACCCCAAUGUGAGAAUGGAGCAACGUGUGUGCAAGGGUUGUGUCUCUGCCCGCUAGGAUACAGAGGGGAUACAUGUUCUGAAGAGAUGUCAUGUGAUCCGAUGUGUGAGAACAACGCUGUCUGUGUUCUUGGUUACUGCCGAUGUCCUGUAGGAUUUACAGGAAGUACUUGCAAUGAAGAUAUCAAUGAAUGUGAAAUCAACCCUACUAUCUGCAAACACGAUUGCUUCAACACCAUUGGGAGUUUCUACUGUUCGUGUGCUCCUGGCUAUCGACUUACUGCAGACAGGAAAUGCGUAGACAUUGAUGAAUGUGAAGGAGAACACAACUGUGAGCAGCGAUGUCUGAACAUCAUUGGAUCGUACCUUUGUGCUUGCUUUGAGGGAUCCAUCUUGGAGGCUGAUGGCAAUACUUGUGUGGGACCUUCAGGUUGUGUGUAUGAGAACCAUCUGUAUCCAUCAGGUACCACCUGGACAGUGGAUGGGUGUACCGAGUGCUCCUGUGAUCUGGGUGUCACCACCUGUACCGACUGCCCGACACCAAAAUUCCAGCAGUGCACAUACCAAGGCAUCGAGUACGACCAUUCCACCAACUGGACAUCGCCGUUUGACCCCUGUGACCACUGCAACUGUACGGACGGUCAAGUGAAAUGCAUGAGAGAGAUCUGUGAUAUACAGUGUGACUAUCCUGCUCCUCACCAAACAGAAUGCUGUCAUGAAUGUACAGAUUGUUUGUAUGAAGGCAAUGUGAUCAGGAAUCAUCUUUAUUUCUCUCCCAUGAGUCAACAAUGCACAACUUGUAUUUGCCAGGAUGGUAAUGUCCGAUGUAGUAAUGUUAGCUGCCCUGAGAUAGACUGCUCCAGACCUGUGCAGGGUGAAUGCUGUCUAACAUGUGAAGAUAAUUGUGAGUUCCAAGGUUCUGAGUACCAGGAUGGAGAGACAUUUACAGCAGAAUCCCUGGACUGCAGUGUCUGUACAUGCAAGAAAGGCGUGGUUGAAUGCCGACCGUUUGACUGCCCAGCUCUGAACUGCUCCCGUAAUGAGAGAGUCCAGCUUCCCGGAGACUGCUGUCCCAAGUGCAUCAGUGCCGUACCUGGCUGUGUGGAUAAGUAUGGUCUCCUCCAUCAGUAUGAGACCACAUGGACUGAUCCCAGGGAUAAUUGCCUGACCUGUACAUGUUUGAAUACUGGAGAAGUACAAUGUGCAAGGGAGCAGUGUGAGUUUAACUGUAACAACCCAGUCCAUGUUAGAGGCCAGUGCUGUCCAGAUUGCAAUGGUUGCUACUACAAUGGUAUUGGUUUCUCAUAUGGUGCUACAUUCAAAUCUGCCUUUGAUAAAUGUGACUCUUGCAUCUGUCUUGGUGGGGAUGUCAUCUGUGAGCCUACCAGCUGUAACGUCCAGUGUAGCGCCCCCUACCAUCCACCUGGAGAAUGCUGCCCUCUAUGUGAAGAUUGCUAUUUCUUGGGUCAGAUCAUCCCUGAUGGUGAAUACUUCAAUCCUGCCCUCGAUUCAUGCAAGACAUGUCACUGUGAUAAAGGAUCAGUUCAGUGUACCGAGAGGGAGCAAUGUCCUAUGCUUAACUGUCCAGUGACAACCACAGUGGCUGGAGAAUGCUGCCCAUCUUGUGCUGAUGCCUUCUGUCGUGGUGAUGAUGGAAGUGAACAUAGGAGUGGUGACACAUGGAUCUCAUCUUCUGAUCCUUGUCAAGAGUGUACCUGCUUGGACACCAUCAUCAAUUGUGUCCCUGUGCCAUGCCUCGAAUCCUCUAGCUGCACCCAUGGUGUCCAGAUAGAAGGUGUGUGCUGUCCAGACUGCACUGUGUGUGAGUUCGAAGGAAAUCUCUACAGGAAUGGCUCCAGUUUCACUCCCAGUGACGCCAACUGCAGGAGAUGCCAAUGUAUUAAUGGGAACGUCAUGGAGACUAACUGCGAGGACGAGACCUGCCCUCCCAUAUACUGC